AUCGCUGUAAUUAAGACGCUUGAAAAAAUUACGCUUGUUCACCGGUUUUCUUUUGGUCCUUUUCUUUUAAGAAUUUUUAUCGCCUUUUGCAAGUUUUGAAUCAUGCCAGACCAUUUAGGUUCUGAUCAAAGAAAAGUUAAAGAAGAAAAUAAAGAAGAUAAACCGAUACAAGCUCUUGAUGAGGGAGAUAUUGCUUUACUGAAAACUUAUGGUGUAGGACAGUAUAGUAAAUCCAUCAAACAGGUGGAGGAGGACAUUCAAAACUGUCUCAAGAAAGUCAAUGAACUUGCAGGUAUCAAAGAGUCAGACACAGGUUUGGGACCACCUGCAUUAUGGGAUUUAGCUGCCGACAAACAGACCUUACAGAGUGAGCAGCCACUACAGGUAGCAAGAUGUACAAAAAUCAUAAAUGCCGAUUCUGACGAUCCAAAAUACAUUAUCAAUGUGAAACAGUUUGCUAAAUUUGUUGUGGACUUGGGGGAUCAAGUGGCUCCAACUGACAUAGAAGAAGGAAUGAGAGUGGGAGUUGACAGAAACAAGUAUCAGAUUCACAUUCCACUGCCACCAAAGAUUGAUCCAUCAGUUACAAUGAUGCAGGUAGAGGAGAAACCAGAUGUUACUUACAGUGAUGUUGGUGGCUGUAAGGAACAGAUUGAAAAAUUACGUGAAGUUGUAGAAACACCAUUGCUUCAUCCAGAAAAAUUUGUGAAUCUUGGUAUUGAGCCUCCUAAAGGUGUUUUAUUAUUUGGACCACCGGGUACUGGCAAGACGUUGUGUGCCCGAGCUGUAGCUAACAGAACUGAUGCCUGCUUUAUCAGAGUUAUAGGAUCCGAGUUGGUGCAGAAAUAUGUUGGAGAGGGAGCAAGAAUGGUGCGUGAACUGUUUGAGAUGGCUAGAAACAAGAAAGCUUGUAUUAUAUUCUUUGAUGAAAUCGAUGCUGUUGGAGGUGCUCGGUUUGACGACGGUGCCGGUGGUGAUAAUGAGGUACAGAGGACCAUGUUAGAACUUAUCAACCAGCUAGAUGGGUUUGAUCCUCGUGGUAACAUCAAGGUUCUCAUGGCAACAAACAGACCAGAUACUCUUGAUCCAGCCCUCAUGAGACCUGGUCGUCUAGAUAGAAAGAUUGAGUUUGGUCUGCCUGAUCUAGAAGGUAGAGCACAUAUAUUCAAGAUCCAUGCACGCUCAAUGAGUGUUGAAAAAGACAUCAGAUAUGAGCUUCUCGCCAGAUUGUGUCCAAACAGUACAGGUGCUGAGAUUCGUAGUGUUUGUACUGAAGCUGGAAUGUUUGCUAUCAGGGCUCGUAGGAAAAUGGCAACAGAAAAAGACUUUUUAGAAGCUGUUAACAAAGUUAUCAAGGCUUACGCUAAAUUUAGUUCAACACCUAGAUACAUGACCUACAACUGAGAGGACUGGAUAAACAUUCUACAUAAAGGGCGUUCUCAUUCUGAACUUUAUGAUACAAUUUCUAUUUAUGUCUUUUUUCAAGCAAUUAAAUACACAUGUCAAAAUAAUCAAUAGUCUACAAGAUUUUGGAGGUUGACAUAAUUUAGAAGUUAACUAAAAAGAAAACAUAUUAUGCAGUAUACAUUGAAAUGAUAAAAAGGUGUAUUUCAUCGCCAGUUUAUAUUUCAUCGUCAUCAUCAUUAUGUUCUGACUCAUUUUGGCUUCAGUUAUGUGAGCCAGAAAAUAUACUUUCAUACAAAAUUACAUUUAAAAUAGUGUAAGUGAUGAAUAGAAUCUCUGGUAAAGUAACAAAAAAGAUGGAUAUCACAAAUCUUAUUUAAAUAUGUUAUUGGAUUGAAAUUAACAUAGUGCUUCUUCUUUUAUAGAUUGAAAAGUUAUCAUUGUUCAUUUAAUAAAAUGAAAUAAAAGCUUAUUUAAACUCAA